UUGAGGGAGGAAAUACGAGGGUCAGUUGCGGAAGAUACAGUGGUUAAGGCAGACUGCUCAGAAUCCGGGGUCCAAAAGAUUCGAGAUAUUACCAGUCCUAGAGUUAGGGGUUCGGAUUUUAGGUCAGAGGGCGGUUUGGAGCAGGAGCUGAACCAAAUAGGAUCUGCGGAGGAACCGGAGCGCAAAAAGCCUCGUGUUUCAGAGGGUUUUCAAAAAAAGACAGGCAGGAAGUCACGGGAUGAGGCUAGAGCAAAGGAGUGCGAUUUGGAGCGCAACUAUUGGAUCGAGUUUUGGAACGCAGAGACAAAGCGAUGGAUAUGUAUCGACCCAUGGCUUGGUACCGUAGAUGAUCCAGAUUCUAUCGAAGAUGGAGCUUCUAGGCCUGUAUAUUAUGUUCUUGCAGUAGAUAAUGUUCUUGGCUUGCGAGAUGUUACUGCACGUUAUGCUUCUCAAUUUCUAAGUCGGGACAUGCGGCUUCAUCGGAUUGACUCUAGAUGGUGGAAUAAGACACUUGAGGUUACUUUACGGGGCAUAUAUCAGAAUACUCGUUUGGAUCUUCAUAGAAAACUUAAGAAGCAUAUCAGUUGUCGACCGCUUUAACA